UCUAAUCGUCGCCAUGCAUGCGUCUUACCCCAGUUAGCGUAACACUCGAAACCAACCCCCAAAAUGACGGAAACUACCCCGAUCUGCAGAUGCAGGGUACUGUACCUUGGCAGUUCCGUGCCACAACAAACCAAAGAUGGUCUUCAGGGUAUCCAAGAGCCCCUGCAAGAGCUGUAUCCAGACCAGGGAGCGACUGGAGCUAAAGGAAUAGACAGUUGGCUGAGCGUUUGGAGCAACGGUAUCCUGUUAGAGAAUGUUGACGAGAAUCACAAGGCGAUCACCAGGUUUUUUCCCAUCGAGAGUCUGCACUACUGCGCCGCAGUGAGGUAUGUUCUAGUCCCAGAAAAAAACACGCUUCAUAGCCCUAGCCCGCGGUUCCUUCCACUGGAUUCGCCCUUUGCAAGAACACCAAACCCGUCCCAUCCACCCCUAUUCGCCGCCAUAUUGAGAAGGACCACCGGCAUCAAAGUGUUGGAAUGUCACGCGUUCAUUUGCAAAAGGGAGGUGGCUGCGAACGCCCUGGUGAGGUGCUGCUUCCACGCCUACGCCGAUUCUUCUUACGCCAGGCAAGUGGACACUGCUGGCAGUAUCUAUGGUACUUUGGCAUCAGAAGGAAUCAGCAAUAGGGAUAAGUUGCAGGAAUGGAAAGCGAAUAGAUCGUCUUCUGGUUCGACGAUGACAAUUAACACCAUCGGAAACAACCAAGAAGACGACGAGAGUAUAUACAAUGAAGAUGAAAAUCACAAAGUUUGGGGGGGAUCUCAGGAUAACAUUGACGGCAUUUAUGACGUAUACAAUAACACAUCAACGAUAAGUAGACCAUCGAGACCGAGACAGAUAUCACAGCCAGUAGCUGUUCCACCGCCUCCCAUCAAAGAGAAGAAGAAAAAAGACAAGAAAAAGAGUUUGAGCAGCUCUAGGGAGGAUCUUUACCAUCCCCUGAUGAAUGGGAAGAUGCAGAAUCCUUCUAAGGCUAGCAGUAUUGCAGGUACCAUGAUGAAAUCACCUAGAGGCCCUCCGAUGCCACAACAGCCAAUAUACAUAAUGGCACCCCAUCCAGGUACCCUCCCCAACCCCAAGUACCUAAAACAGUAUGGCAAUACAUUCUCGCACAGACCAAGAGGCAAAAUGCUCAUACCAGCCAGACCCGUCGCGCCGCCUAUGGUACCCAUGGCCCCAGUCAUCAUCCCCACCACCCUCCAGAGGAACAAGAAGAAAUCGAAACACGUGGAAGAGCCCAUCUAUAUGCCAAGCACCAGGGCCAUGUCCCCUGUGGCUAGCUACCAACCCAUCAACUUCCCUCACGAAGCCUAUUUGAUGCAGCAAUACGCCACGAUGGAGUCGCAGACCAGCAAAUCCAAAAAGAAGGACAAGAGUCAGAAGAUGAACAAGAAGUUGGCUCAGAGUAUGAACGGGUUGGAUGAUCCUAAUUUAGGGGAUGAGAGCCCUUUCAACACUGGUAUAUAUAAGAAGAAAGGGCAUCUGAACGAGAGGGCUUUUUCCUAUUCCAUAAGACAAGAGCAUAGGAGUAGGAGCUAUGGUUCAUUGGCCAACUUAAAGUUCGCCACACCAAUACCUAAUGGAGUUCAUGAUGUCGAAGAUAGGGAAGAUAUAAAGAAGGAACGUGAAAUAAUGCAGAUGGUACAGGAUUUAGAUCUGUCAGGGGAUGAAAUCGAAAGGUCUGAAGUGCCAAGGGGGAUGUACGAGCCCAGAAACAUACCACCAGCCCCUGUCUUGGUAACAGCUCCGCCACUUAAUGGACUGAAUGGAAGGAGCUAUAAGAGAUGAAGGGAUUUGUGUGGUCUUUCAGAAACCAAACAAUUGAUAUUAAUCCAGAACAUCACAACCAGUCAUGGAGAUAUAGAGGAAGAUCCACAAGAAGAACGACAAGAAAUUAUAUGUUGAAUUUUUUAAUUAUAAAUGAUAUUACUACAUAGUUUCUUUCGUACAUAUUAUUUGUUCUUUCUCAUCUAUCAAUUUUGUAUUCUACAUUUUAUUUCUUUUAUCACUUUCUUGGAAGAAAAGUUUUGAGAUUAGGAUCAUAUUUGGGAUAAUAAAUGUCACCUGUUCAUUCAUAGUUUUCCCCUUCUUUAAGUGUAAGAUUGUGUAAAUAUUUUAUUGGUGUAAACAUCGAAAGAUUCACGUGUAUUACAUGGAAUCUCUUGUACAGAGAUUUUCAUUGGUAUUACAUAUUAGAGUGUUAUAAUAUAUUUUAUAAAAUUCGAGGUGUUACGUUAACUUUUUCUUCUGCGUAAGAAUGAACAGAUGGGUGACUUGUGUAAAAAAUUUCCUCAGGUGCCAUUUUAGUUUCUGUUUUUCAUUGUGAGGAACUUUUCUGUAGGUACUGCAUACGUUUGUGAACGAUGGAAAAAUGCUAUUUCGAUGAGUGUAAAGUUGGAAUCGAGUCAUAAUACGUAAUUCUUCGUAAUUUUAUCGACAUUUACAAUUUGAAGAUUUUAUCGUUCAUUAGUAACUCAUUGUUGUAUUAUUUUAUGCAAUAAAAAAUGCGAAAUAAAAA